AUGCUGCUGAAACACAGCCUUAUCAGCCACAUCGAACAUUGCGGGCUGGUUUCCAGGGUCUGCACAGCAGCAGGUUUUUGUGUGAUAGUGAUGGGGAUUUGGGAGAAGGCAUGGGAACGGAAUGAAUGGUAUGAUUUCAUAAAUCUCCGUGGUACCCGUAGAGGCUUACCUUCGUGUGAAUCAUUGCAAGGCGAACGAACCGAGAUCCUCAAUGAGGUCAAAGGUUACCAGUUUGAACAAUGCCAUUUUCUUUCACAAUCUCAUCUCAACCUUCUAAAUCGUAAGGCAGCACCAUUCCCACGCUUUUCAAUUAUCGUUCCAACUUCUGUCCUGCCAACAAUCUCAACUACCGUAUACUAUCACUUUUCGCAAUCCCAUUUCUUGGCAUCGUACUCUUCACUCUUGUUAGAAUGCGUAAUUUCUCUCUCAAAGCAUCCAGCAAGUACGCUCUGCAAGCAAGCCGAUCUAGAUACCCGCGAUAGUCUCGACUUUUUUGAACAAAGAAGAGAGGAGGCCGCGCUUUCCGGCGACCAUCGACUCCUUCAUAACUACAAAAUGAGAGCUAAAAUCUUCAGCCAGCCGUGCAUUUCCAAACCAUCCGUUUCGGUAACUGCUCUCCCCUCUCUGGACACGCCGUCUCAUGUAAGUGCAGAUUUCCAGCUCUGUAUCUCUUACCGUAAUUUAUCAACAACAUAUCUUUCACUUCAAGGAAGCGUAGAGUCCUGUAGCAUCCAGAUCGUAAAUAUAUUCCAUCCAAUAGCACACUACCCACCAUGUACGUAUUUUGUCCUCUUCUCGUAUAGUUCGCGGCAUGUUAAUGUGGAGCUAAACGUAGAAGUUUCUGGAGAUGUACGAAGCGUUUGGGACAAGGCUUCUAAUGGGGCGUACUACUGUCCGUACAAAGUGAACCGUACCGGUGACGUGUUCAGUACCAACGUACCCAGUUUAUGA